GAGCUUCGGCCGCGCGACGGUAGUCGCGGCACGUCACUCAGUGGCGACGCGACGUCCCGUCCGUCGUCCCGUGCGUCGUUCGGCUGAUCGUACACGAGGAGCGGCUCUCCCGCGUUCUGCGACACCGGUGGGAGUGCUAUCGCGUUAUCGUCGCGACGGGGCUAAUUGCGGCAAUUUACGCUGUCGUCGCCGCGCCGGGACAAUAAAAGCGGGACACGUCGUCUCGGGGGACAGAAAGAGGGAGAGAGAGAGAGCGCGCACGAUAUCCGCGUGUCUCGCUCGGCGGAGAAAUCGCGGCGGCACUUCCGCCUGUUCUGGGGACCGCACCGCCGGAUGCGCGGAACGGGAGAGACGACCGUCCAGCCGGCGCUGGAUUCCAACGUGCGUCUAGUCUAACUUGCUCGCGACAUCAUAUCGCGAAUUGGGAAACAUGCGCGGCACAUUACAAUGGCUCGAUCAUGGCUAGGAUGUCUGCUCGGCGUCUUGGUACCGUCCGUGGUCUUUUAUUUGUACCUGCUGUUGAAUGUCCCCUCCGCGGAAAUAGGCGGCUCGAGCGUCGGAGGGAAGUGGCGAUCGUUAUCGGCGGGGGCGGAGAGGUCGAAUCUGCGGGCGGAGGAUCGCUCCGGUGAGCGGCCGCAGUUAAAAAACAAUUUCGAGGUGAAAUGCGACGCGAUACACGUAGCCAUGGUCUGCGCCGGAUACAACUCGACCCUCGCCCUCGUAACGGUGGUGAAGUCCAUUCUGUUUUAUCGCACGAAUCCGUUGCAUUUUCAUUUGCUCGUCGACGAAAUUGCGAGGAAAACGCUCUCGACCCUGUUCCGAACGUGGGAUUUGCCACAUGUGAACGUAACGUUCUACGAGGCUGAGAUUUGGGUGCCGAGGGUCUCGUGGAUACCGAACAAGCACUACUCGGGGGUGUACGGGCUGCUCAAGCUGAUACUGCCGGACGCGAUGCGGGAGGACCGGGUGCUCGUGCUGGACACGGACGUGACCGUUCUGACCGACAUGCAGCCGCUGUGGAGGACGUUCGAGAGGUUCGCGGCCGGCCAGAGCCUGGGCCUGGUCGAGAAUCAGAGUAACUGGUACGUGAAAGCGCUCUCGUACGGGCAGCGGCCGUGGCCGGCGCUGGGCCGUGGGUUCAACACCGGCGUGAUGCUGAUGCAUCUGCAACGUUUGCGGAACGGCGGCUUCGCCGGGGCCUGGGAGAGCGUGACGAGGCGCGUUUUGAGAUACAUACCGGAGACCAGCCUGGCCGAUCAGGACGUGAUAAACGCGGUGAUCAGCGAGCGGCCGGGUCUCGUGCACAGGAUAGAGUGCACGUGGAAUAUACAGCUGAGCGAUCACACGAUAAGUGACACGUGCUAUCGCGACACGAAUCGCAUAAACAUCCUCCACUGGAACUCCCCGCGCAAGCAAGACGUUCACAAUAAGCACGUUAACGAGUUUCGAAAGCUCCACCGGGUCUUCCUCGAGAUGGACGGCAAUCUGUUGCGAAAGCGCUUAUUCGGCUGCGACAAGCACGAGAGCGCGCUUCCAUACAACGAGUCGAGCCUGUGCCGAGAAUUCGAGAAGGGCGCUACAAUUUUGUACCGCACGCAUCCUUUCCUUCUCGAGUACGAAUACAACGUGUACUCGCCGACGGAUGUAGCUCUAGUCACUCAGUGUAGCGUGGAGAGGAUACCGCUGUUGGAAGAGUUGUCGAAACACUGGCCUGGGACCAUAAGCGUCACGCUUUAUCUGACCGAUGCGGAGGUUCAGAAUUUCCUGGACUUCGUGCGAGGCUCCGCGGACUUGCGGGCGAGAAGGAACAUCGCCUAUCACGUCGUAUACAAAGACGGGGAUCUUUACCCGAUCAAUUAUUUAAGAAACACUGCGAUAUCAUACGUACCAACUCCAUUCGUCUUCCAACUUGACGUCGACUUCUUGCCGCAAUUCGGGCUGUAUGAAAAUAUCAUGAACUACAUCAAUCGAUUAAAUAUCAACGAGUCGGACAAAGUAGCCCUGAUCGUGCCAGCAUUCGAAACUGAACGCUAUAGGUUCACGUUCCCCGUCAACAAAGAUGAACUGCUGAAGUUUCUUAAACGCGGCAUUUUGUACACGUUUCGCUAUCACGUUUGGACGCAAGGACACGCUGCCACGAAUUACAGCCUUUGGCGAAACAGCACGGAGCCUUACCAAGUUUCAUGGGAGCCAGAUUUCGAACCUUACAUAGUUGUCUCGAAAUUCGCUCCGCGAUACGACACCAGAUUUGUCGGAUUUGGCUGGAAUAAAGUUUCCUACGUGACCCAUUUAACGGCGCUAGAUUAUAAAUACAUCGUUUUACCGGAUACUUUUAUUAUUCAUCGUCCUCAUGCUCCUAGCUUAGACAUUGGAAAAUUUAGAACAGAUUCUGUUUACAGAAGAUGUCUGAAAAAGUUGAAGGACGAAUUUGUCGAAGAGCUGGUGGCGAAAUACGGUGAGACUGCACUGACGAAACUAAAGAAAGAGACCAAAGAAGAGAAAACUUAAGAAGUUAUAAUUAUAAUUUUAGCAUGUUGAGAUAUAAUGAUAAAAAGUCAUUAUAUUUUUACCGGAUACUUGUAUGUAUAUCAUGAAAUAAUGAUGAGAAAUUUGUGUAUUGCAGCUAUUUUCUUAGGAAAAAUAUACAUCCUUUUAAAUACAA